AUGCAGCUGCAGAGGCUGCGGCCAGCGCAUUUGGUGGCCUACCUCCUGGCCACGCGUGGUCUCGCGCCGCGGUGGGAGCCUGCUGAUGGGGGGGCGAACCUUUCGUUCAGAGGGCAGAGUCUCGUGCCAGACUGUGACGAGACAGUGUUACUAGAUGCUGAAUACAGCUGUGCAUAUGGCUCAGGCAGAUUCUUUAUGCUGUGUGGUCUUGGUGGGAUUAUUAGCUGUGGAUCAACACAUACAGCACUGGUUCCUCUAGACCUGGUUAAAUGCAGAAUACAGGUUGAUCCACAAAAAUACAAGAGCAUCUUCAAUGGAUUUUCAGUGACGGUCAAAGAGGAUGGCGUUCGUGGCUUGGCUAAGGGAUGGGCUCCAACCUUUAUUGGAUAUUCCAUGCAGGGGCUUUGUAAAUUUGGUUUCUAUGAAGUUUUCAAAAUCCUAUAUGGCAACAUGCUGGGAGAGGAAAAUGCAUAUUUGUGGCGUACUUCGCUGUAUUUAGCUGCAUCUGCCAGUGCAGAGUUUUUUGCUGACAUUGCUCUGGCUCCAAUGGAAGCUGCUAAAGUUCGUAUUCAGACACAGCCUGGAUAUGCUAACACUCUGCGGCAGGCUGUGCCUAAAAUGUUUGGAGAAGAAGGCAUUUGGGCUUUCUAUAAAGGUGUUGCUCCACUAUGGAUGAGACAGAUUCCAUACACAAUGAUGAAAUUUGCCUGCUUUGAACGUACUGUUGAAGCUCUCUACAAGUACGUCGUUCCCAAGCCACGAAGUGAAUGCACAAAAGGAGAACAGCUGGUAGUCACAUUUAUUGCAGGCUAUAUUGCUGGUGUGUUCUGUGCAAUUGUUUCCCAUCCUGCUGACUCCGUGGUGUCUGUGUUGAACAAAGAAAAGGGCAGUUCUGCUUCACAGGUUCUUAUGAGGCUUGGAUUCAAAGGUGUAUGGAAAGGUCUGUUUGCUCGUAUCAUUAUGAUUGGUACCCUGACUGCACUGCAGUGGUUCAUCUACGAUUCUGUGAAGGUUUAUUUCAGACUUCCUCGUCCGCCUCCACCUGAAAUGCCAGAAUCUCUGAAGAAGAAGCUUGGUCUAACUGAAUAGACAACUCAUGGACUGACUAUGCUGGCUGUCCCAGUGAUGAGUUUCAUGAAACUUUUAUAUAUUUGACUAUGUAGAAAACAAACUCUAUAUGAUGUCAUUAUUGGCUGUGCCCUCAGCCCGCAUGAGGGUUUCAAUUCUACCACUGUCGUUGCCUGAAAUAAAUGAGAAACAGUGCUUAGUGUCUGUUUACUACUGCAUAUGUAAGCUUCAUUUCAUAGCAGCAAAUAUCUCAAAUACUCCCCACCCUGCCAAUAAUUAAAAAAUUAACCUAUCCUACACUUUAGGAACUAGAAAAUUGUGAAACAAUUGUAACAAAACCAGACUUUCACUGUUUCCAGAGAAGUGCCAAGAACCUAUCCUUGCAGAACUGCAGAAACUAACUGCAGUUCUAUGCACUUUGAGUCCACUGUUUUAUUUGCCUACAAUAAGCUGUUACUGUAGAAUAGCUGAACUCCUGAAUGGCUGAGGUGAGACUGCAGUCUGAUAGGGCAUCCUGCUCCUAAUAUCGGUGUUCUCCAUAGAGAUGAAAGGAACCUUAUAUACGUAAUAGAGCCAUUUCUGCUUUGGGUGGUCAUCCCAACAUAACUAACUUACGCUUAUGUGACUAAUUUCUGCUUCUGUUGGCUUUGAACCGCACCAAAGAAUUCAGUCCUUUUGGUUGUACUGUGGAAUUAAAGAGUAGCUGCUACUUUUAACAAAAGAAAAGCUGAUGUUAAUAAGGAUUCUCAAAAGAUAUCCGACCACUAAAAGCUUACUACAGCUUUAUAGUAAAAUAAAAAUGGCUUGCCUCUUGCUGUAGAGUUUGACAAACUUGCUAGCUUUUCCCUAGUUUGUUUUUGUUUUUUGUUUUCUGAAUUAGUUUAACUGUAAUGCUGAGUUUUGGUUGAACCAUGCACUUCUGCAGUGCAAGAAGCCAUACUUUUUUUUUUUUGGACCUUGAUGUGAAGAGAAAAAUCUAGUCUCCUAGGCAUACAAAAGGAGACACACACAAUGUUUUUGUUAAGGCAAAGAAUUUGUUUUUUUCAGUCUUUUACAGAAAGAUAAGCAUGCUGCCUUCAGUGUUUUGCCUGUUCAAGAAACCCACAGUUGAUAAUCGCAUUGAGAAAAAUCCAGAAAAUGCCUAAUAGGAUAUAAAGGCUUCACCGUAUCCACUACUACUUUGUUAAGAGCUGGAGCAUAAGUGUCUGUGCAAAACUGUUUGGAUGUGCUGCCUUUCAGCAUGUGAGCUGAUGAUACUGGACUUGGCUUGGCAUUCACGUAUGUUGUGCUGCUCCUUCCUCCUUACUUGCGUCCUUUAGAGUCAAAAGGACAAUUAAAGCAGGUGCCAUUGGAGUAGCAUAAAUAUACUGACCGCUGCAUCUUGCUGGAGUCUGAUGUUCCUGCUAGCAAUUUACAUAGCGCUGAGCUUCUCACCCCCUGGGAAAACCCUCUGCAUUCCGAGAUUUUGGAUGGUUAUGCUAAACAAGCUGAGCCUUAUUUUGAGUUGCCACCUUUCCAAAAUGUGGAGUAAGAUUUAAAACUGUUCUAUUUCCCUGUCACCGUGACACUAAACACAUUCUUAGAGCGGUUGGUAUCUAACUGCCUUAUACAGCAAAGUCAAAUUCAGUAAGUGUAAAUAAAGCAUUUGUACAAGU